GGCAAGUUUCUCCAAACAUAUGAGUACCAUGGCAACUGGUAUGGACUGACACUGGAGUCCAUAGAGAAUGUUGCCAGAGAGGGUCUAGCUUGUAUAGUACAUCUCGAAUUAGAGGGGGUGCUGACCCUUAAGAACACCUACUUUGAGCCAAGAUAUGUGCUGAUAAUGCCCCUGGACCCUGUAGCUCAUGAGAAGCGACUGCGAGACCGAGGUAUCUAUUCAGAAGUUCAGAUAGAAGAUAUGUUAAAAAGAGCUGAGAUGUACAUAGAACACAACCAGACACACCCUGGAUUCUUUGACAUGAUGAUCCCGUCAGAUGACAUAGCAGAAGCUUAUAAACGAGUACGUCGAUUGGUGAUGGAUUAUUUAGGUAUCUGUAUCCCCACACCUGAUACAUCCCGCACAGAGAACUAUGAGGCAAUAUCUAGCAGGGACUCUAGGUUCUCUGACAAUAAUGGCACGUUCACUAUGGGUUCCGCCAACAUGGGGGCAAGGACCUGGUCCAAGCCCAGUAUACCGGACAGUGUAGCCCAACAGUUUGCUCCAGGGAAGCCUGUGAUGGUUCCAGGAUCUCCUAUUGUCUCUGGGCGUGGCAUAGUGGAGGAGGCCUCACUAAAGAGACGUCAGAGUGCAGCCAAGAAUGCAGUGCAUGGUAGAGUGCCCAGUGUGUUGGAUCAGAUUCUCAAGCCUCCAGGCACAGCAGGUACAGGUACUGCCCAAGGUUUAGGGGAUGACACCUCAUUGAACAGAUCAACAUCCGCCCCUGGGGGGUCCCUGAAGCUGAACCAGGACAACAUGGACACCCUUCCCCCAGCAUCUCCCGACUCCAGCCAGGCAAGCUCUAGGACGAGCUCCAGUUUAUCAAACAUUUCAGACCAGGGCUACAAUGGCCCUGGAUCAGAGCAUGGUGGAUCUCAGGAAAAUUAUACUGAACUACCCACAGACUCUAUGAACCCAAUGGAGUUAUAUAGUGGCUCAGGGUCAAGGCCGGGGUCAGGGUCAUUCAGGAAAGGUCAGCCAGGUACAGUUGAUGAGAUACCACGAAUGAAUAGACCUGGUUCAGAAAAACAUAAAGUGCUGCCCCCUAUCUCUCCUUCACCAAAACCCCAGGAUCCAGAAUAUUAGAUUAAAAAUUUAUUUGAAUCAGUGAAUUCAAGGAUACCACACAUUGAAGGUGGACCAAUAUACAGUGUAGGAUGUUGUAAUACUAAUAUGUUCUGAUGAUGUACAGUACAUGUAUGUACAGAACAUGUACUGUAAUAAACUGAGAAGACUCCAACCCUGAAAUUCUGUGAUAUUUCCGUCCAUAAGAACUUCUCGUAAGUGACAUAAAUAAUAUAUUAAAUUCUGUACAAAUGUAUAUUUUAAUUCAGUGUAAUAUAUUUUAAAAACUGUACAUAUGAAUGUAGUCAAAUAAAACAACAAACAAAAAAAUUAAACAUAAUGUCAAGUUAUAUUAUUCUGAGUUGUAGUUUUUUACCUCACAAGUGAGCCAUUGAAGAUUUAUUCGAUGAAAGUUUCAUGAUAGUUUUUUUAAAUAUUUGGUAUACACUGAGUACUAGAUAGAAUGUUUGCCCAAUGGUUAAAAUUCUGUGGAUCACAUUCCCAAAGUACAUGU